AUGUAUUUCUAUGACGUUAACUUCGCAGUUGCUCUCGGUGAUUCCUGCUCAACCGACGACGAAUGUACUAACACUGUCACAAACUCCGAGUGUGUAGAUGAGGCAGACCCAAAAACAUGUACAUGUGUGGAAGGAUAUACACAACAGGAUGCUGACUGCAAAGCAAACAAAGGAAUUGGAGAUGUAUGCAGCACGACUGAUGAUAUAUGUACCACUGUGGGCACGGCGUGUGUUGCUGACGGUGGGAGUACAAGCACAACAAAGUGUCUCUGUAAUGGAGACUACGUGGCUAAUGCUAAUAACAACGGUUGUCUGAAGAACAAAGGAAUUGGAGAUGUAUGCAGCACGACUGAUGAUAUAUGUACCACUGUGGGCACGGCGUGUGUUGCUGACGGUGGGAGUACAAGCACAACAAAGUGUCUCUGUAAUGGAGACUACGUGGCUAAUGCUAAUAACAACGGUUGUCUGAAGAAAAUCGAUGUGACUUGCGAUGCUGAAUCACAGUGCGUAGCCAACGCGGAAUGUUCGGAUACAUGUCAGUGUUUGACAGACUUCACCUCGAAUGCCGACAAAACAAAAUGUCUCAACAACUUGGGCACAUCAUGCGAAUCAACAAGUGUGUGCGCAGCCGAUGGUGUAUGUGAUAUAAACUCUGACUCCCCGACAUGUGCUAUCGGGAGUGGUGGAUCAUGUGAUGCGGAUUCCAAGUGUGUAGCUCACUCAGAGUGUACAGAGAAAACAUGCACCUGCACUAACGGAGACGCUGAUGAAACAUCGAAACUGUGUCCAUCCCGAGGCGGCGGUCUACGUGAAACGUCUUCAGUGCUUGUAGUGACGGUGUGCCUCUGGUUGAAUCUGUUCUGA